AUGCAACUUAUUGAUAAAGAGAGUAUCCUCGCGAUGACGCAUCUGUGGGAAGGCGAGCGGUUUCCUGACGGACGGCCACGUGUCUCCGACGAUAUUCUUCGGCGAAUGAAGGCGAUCAGUAUCGAGCAGGCGUGGGGUGUCCUGAAUGGCAACAACUAUAAGUUUCAAUUUGCUGGCGAUUGGAUGAAUCUUCAUCCGGAUCGGAUCCUCGUCGGCAGAGCGGUAACGUGCGCCUUUGUGCCGAUACGUCCCGACUUCAACGAUGCUAUCUCCGCACAAGGUGAAAAAGAGGGUAGCGUUGGUGGUCAAAACUCGUGGGUGAUCGACACACUCGUCCGCGAUGAUGUCAUCGUUGUUGACCUCUUUGGUAAAGUUAAGGACGGCACUUUUGCGGGUGAUAACCUCGGCAAUUCCAUCUAUGCCAAAACGGGGACCGGUAUGGUAAUUGACGGUGGCAUCCGAGAUUUGGAUGGCAUCUACGAAUUGCCUGAUUUUGCCACAUUCGUGCGCGGUGUGGAUCCGACAGGUAUUGCGAAUGUUACACUCACCGGUAUUAACAUCCCUAUCCGCAUUGCGGAGGCGACAGUUUUACCGGGAGAUGUCGUUUUAGGCAGGCGUGGCGGGGUCAUUUUUAUUCCGCCGCACUUCGCACAACAGGUCGUUGAGCAAGGCGAGGCGGUGGCUCUCCGAGACCGUUUUGGGCAUCAACGGUUACGCGAAGGUGUGUACACGCCAGGGGAAAUAGAUAGAAAAUGGUCGGAGGAAUCGAUGCAGACUUUGCGAAAUGGCGGGAGAAUCAGAAGUAAGAACGGACGAAAGGAACGCCUCGUCAUAGCGGAUAUCUGA